AUGCGAUUUAAUAUUGAUAAAUGGACUAUAAUUGAAAAAGAACAAAAAAUAAUAGAAUGGAAUAAGCAUAUUGAAGAUGCAAAUAAUGAACGUGAAUAUUAUAAACCAGGAAAAAUUAAUUCUUUAGAUAUUGAAUUAUAUUUAUCUUGGGAUUUUGCACAACAAGUUCAUUUACCUUCUUCAUCACAACAAGAA